UGUUAUUUGUCACGAGUGGAUUUUUGGUUAGAGUGAACAGCAACAUCUGACUAAAAUGAAUCAAGCAAAUGUAGAGAAAUUGGUAUCUAAAUUAAGAUACAGUGUUAAACCCCGUCGGCGGCUUCGAAAUCCAGACGGUUCAGAGGGACGUCUUCUGAAGCUUCGGAAAACUCUGACAGCGUUAAUUAAAUACGAACGACUCGAAUUAAAUUAUCCACGAGCCGACGAGGCUAGAGGUUACGUCGAUCAGUUGAUAUUUGAAGCAAUACACAAUGGACCUACGCACAAGGAGACAAUGGACUUGGCUAACUACUGGAUAAUCGAAAAGCAACUGAUACAUAAAUUGUUUAAAGUUCUGGUACCAAGAUAUCAAAAUUAUACUUCCUCCUUUACAAAACUUCACAAAGCACCAAAUGUAUACCCUAUAGGCCACUAUGAGAGGGCAAUUUUAGAACUCAAAGGCAAUAUAUAUCCAAGUGUAGAGCAGUAUAACCCACACGAACGGAAUUUACUUCACAAUUUACUGCUGAAUGCGGCAAAAAAAGAAUAUCGAAUGGAGAAGUAUAAAGAAAUUGCAGAUAAUAUAAAACAAUAGAAGUAAGAAGUUUCAAAGAAUUAUGCUUAUACAGUGUUAGUCGUUUAAGAUUUUAUUAUUAAAAUAGGAGUACAAAAUUUAUGUA